AUGUCUUUCUCUCGCUCUACGCAGAACGCCCUCCGCCAGGCCAUCCGCGCCUCGGCCCCCCGCUCGGCUCGCUCGUUCACCCUCAUGGCCCGCGCUGCCCCCAAGGCCGCCGCUGCCGCCCGCACCCUUGGCGCCACCCGUGGCAUCAAGACCCUUGACUUCGCUGGCACCAAGGAGCAGGUCUACGAGCGCGCCGACUGGCCCCUCGAGAAGCUCCAGGACUACUUCAAGAACGACACCCUCGCCAUGAUCGGCUACGGCUCGCAGGGCCACGGUCAGUCGCUCAACGCUCGCGACAACGGCCUCAAGGUCAUCGUCGGUGUCCGCAAGGGCGGCGAGUCGUGGAAGCAGGCCCAGGAGGACGGUUGGGUCCCCGGAGAGACCCUCUUCGACAUCCCUGAGGCGAUUAACAAGGGUACCAUCAUCAUGAACCUCCUCUCGGACGCCGCCCAGUCGUCGACUUGGCCCGAGAUUGCUCCCCUCAUCACCAAGGGCAAGACCCUCUACUUCGCCCACGGCUUCUCGGUCGUCUACAAGGAGGACACCAAGGUUGUCCCCCCCGCCGACGUCGACGUCAUCCUCGUUGCCCCCAAGGGCUCGGGCCGCACUGUCCGCACCCUCUUCCUCGAGGGCCGUGGCAUCAACUCGUCGAUCGCCGUCUUCCAGGACGUCACCGGCCAGGCCAAGGAGAAGGCCAUCGCCCUCGGUAUCGCCGUCGGCUCGGGCUACCUCUACGAGACCACCUUUGAGAAGGAGGUCUACUCGGACCUCUACGGAGAGCGUGGUGUCCUCAUGGGCGGUAUCCAGGGCAUGUUCCUCGCCCAGUACGAGGUUCUCCGCAAGAACGGCCACUCGCCGUCGGAGGCCUUCAACGAGACCGUUGAGGAGGCUACCCAGUCGCUCUUCCCCCUGAUCGGCAAGUACGGCAUGGACUACAUGUACAACGCCUGCUCGACCACCGCUCGUCGUGGUGCCCUCGACUGGGCCCCCAAGUUCAAGGAGGCCAACCUCCCCGUCUUCGAGGCCCUCUACAAGUCGGUCCGUGACGGUUCGGAGACCCGCCGCUCGCUCGAGUUCAACGGCCGCAAGACCUACCGCGAGGACUUCCAGAAGGAGCUCGACGAGAUCGACAACCAGGAGAUCUGGCGCGCCGGCAAGACCGUCCGUGCCCUCCGCCCCGAGGCCGCCAAGGACGAGCUCUAA